UACCUUUCAAACCUAGUUUCCUAUCAAGGGUCUCGAAAAAAUCAACUCCAUCCAAUCUACGUCAUCCAGCCUUUUCCACCAUGGCUCUCCGCCGCUCCACGCGCCGUUCUACAGGCACUGCUGGUGAUGUGCCUGAACCUAUUGUUCAAAAUGGCACUCCAAAGUCUACAACUGCAAAGAAACCCAAGACUGCAUCUACCAAAGCCCCCGCAGCCUCCCAGAAGCGCAAACCCGCAGCCUCCAAGAAGCGCAAACCCGCAGCAUCCCCAUCCUCACCGAUCGAACCCUCGAAAAGCCUCCCAGAACCUGAACCCGAGUUCACAGCCCCAACAACCCCCACAGCCAAGCGCCGCAGAACACAACCGGCAAAAGAUGCACCCAAACCGCCUCCCAUCACGCCCACGCCCUCAGGAAUCGGUCUCAUGGUCUCCUCCUCCCCGAUCCCGUUCCCAAGCAACAUCAGCACAAAGCAGAAGCCACGCCCAGCAGAACCACACGCCACCAACGCGGUGUUAUCCACUCCCGGUGGAUCGCGGGUCUCGGCCUAUACGUCUUCACCCGUGAAGCAGCCUUCUCUCGACGCAGUGCCAGAAGAAGUGCCAGAAGCAGAACCUACCCCCAAGAAAGCCAAGCGCGCAAAGAAAGCUGCGAUAGUAACCGGCCCAGCCCUCGGCGUGCCCCCACCCACCUCGACAACCGAGACUCUUCUGCAAGACGCGUGCGCCCAUUUACUAAAAGUCGACCCCAAGCUCGCCCCCGUGAUCGAGCAACACCACUGCAAGAUGUUCUCGCCCGAAGGCCUUCAGGAAGUGGUGGAGCCGUUCCAAGCACUCGCGAGUGGAAUUAUAGGACAGCAGGUCUCCGGCGCCGCCGCCGCCUCUAUAAAGCGCAAAUUCAUCACCCUCUUUCCCCCAUCCUCCUCCGCCGACUCCACCUCCUCCUUCCCCGCCCCCGCUCUCGUCGCCAGCACCCCCCUCGAAACGCUCCGCACAGCCGGCCUCUCGCAACGCAAAGCCGAGUACAUCCAAGGCCUGGCCCAAAAAUUCGCGUCCGGCGAACUCAGCGCGCAGAAACUGGCCUCCGCGACCGACGACGAAGUGAUGGAGAUGCUGAUCGCCGUGCGUGGAUUGGGCCGGUGGAGCGUGGAGAUGUUUGCGUGUUUCAGCCUGAAGCGGUGCGAUGUGUUUAGUACUGGUGAUUUGGGGGUGCAGCGCGGCAUGGCUGCUUAUGUUGGUAAGGAUGUGGCGAAGCUGAAAGGGAAGGGUGGCAAGUGGAAGUAUAUGAGUGAGCAGGAUAUGCUAGAUAUGGCGGCCAAGUUCUCGCCGUACAGGAGUCUGUUUAUGUGGUAUAUGUGGAGAAUUGAGGAUGUUGAUGUUAGUGUUAUGCAGGGUACUUGAGAGAAUGAUGGGUCACUGAGUUAGGGACGGUAGCGGAGACAAAAGAUAGUUAUGUGACAAAUGUUGUAUGUAGGUACAAGUCUUCUCAGGAAAUAUCGACCAUUUCUUAUGCGAU